AUGAACAGGCAGCCGUCUGAUACUGAUACGGGAAUGUCAACGUCGGACGACCCUUCAAUAUAUAAUGAUGAUGAUUUUUUUUUACAACAAGACCAAGCCGGUCUUGGGGAUUAUUCUGACCUAAUGGAUAAAACAAUUAUUGCACCAGUUUCAUCACCCUCCACCCCAGUAUGGGCAAAAGCGGCUAAAACUCGUCGACCCUUAUCCGCUAUUAGUAACCCAACCUCUUUGGAUAUUUUUCCAUGGAACCCUGAUAUCGCAAUGGCAUUCUGA